AUGGACAUCGGGGGCCUGGAGACCGUGGUGGCCAACUCGGCCUACGUGUCGGCGCGCGGCGGCCCCGGCGGCGGCGGCAAGGAGCGGCGCUCCAAGGCGCGCCUCCGCCUGCCCCACAUCUCCCAGUGCGAGGCCCUGCGUGCCCAGCUGGGCGGUGGCACCCAAAACGGGGGUCCCGGCGCCCCGAACGGCGCCCCGCCCGGCCACGCGCAAGAUGGCGGCCAGGAGACGUCGUUCCGCUGGCAGUGCGUGGAGCAGCCCAUCGGGAAGCUGCUGUUCCGGAGGUUUCUGGAAGGAAGGCCGGAAUUCGCCGCCGCCGGGGCGCUGUGGGCGGAGAUCGAGGCCUUCGAGCAGUGCGAGGAUGCCGAGAGGGAGGAGGCGGCCAAGCGGCUGCGGAGCCGCUUCUUCACGCCGGGAGGGUCCGAGCACUGCGGCUUCCUCAGCGCCGCCGCCACCGCGCCGCCCGCAGGUUCGGCGCCGGCGGGCGACGCCUUCGUGCCGGCGCGGCGGGAGCUGCUGGCGCACCUGGAGGCGGCGGCCUGGGGGCCGUACCGGGGCUCGCCCGAGUUCGGGCGCUUCGUGCAGUUCAAGUGGCUGGAGAGCCAGGCCGUCAACGCCGACGCCUUCGUGGAGUUCCGCGUGCUGGGCAAGGGCGGCUUCGGCGAGGUCUGCGCCUGCCAGCGCCGCGCCACCGGCAAGAUGUACGCCAACAAGCGCCUCAACAAGAAACGCCUCAAGAAGCGCAAGGGAUACGAGGUGGGCGUGGCCUCAGGGUACCACAUCUACAACGUGGACGAGGAGAACCCCGGCUUCGCGGAGCCGCGCGCGGUUUUCUACACGGCGCAGAUCCUGCUGGGGCUGGAGCACCUCCACCAGCACCGCAUCGUCUACCGCGACCUCAAACCCGAGAACGUCCUGCUGGACGAUGCCGGCCACGUCCGUCUGUCUGACAUGGGCUUGGCCGUGGAGCUCAAGGAUGGAGAGAGCAAAACCCGCGGCUACGCCGGGACCCCAGGGUUCAUGGCCCCCGAGCUGCUGAAGAACGAGGACUACGAUUGGUCGGUCGAUUACUUCACUCUGGGGGUGACGGUCUACGAGAUGUUGGAGGCCAAAGGCCCCUUCCGCCGGCGGGGGGAGAAGGUGACCCCACCCCCAGAGCCCCCCAAAACUCCCAAGGGCCACCAGAAACUGCCCAAAAUUCAGCUCAGGGCCCCCAGAAACCUCACAGGACCUUCAGAAACCCCCAAGAACCUCCAAGAACUCCCUGAGGACCUUCAAAACCCCCCAGAAACUUCCAAGAAAUCCCCCAGGUCCCUCAGAAGCUCCAAAAUUUCCAAUAAAUCCCCCAAAGAUCCUCCCAAGAUCCUUAGAAAAGCCCUCAAAGCCUCCAAGAAACCCCCAGAUCCUUCAGAAACCCCCCAAAACCUCCAAGAACCCCCCGAGGACCUUUAG